AUGCUGGCAAUUACUGUUAUUCAUGCACACUGGAUCCAUUUGCCAAAUAUUUUAUCUGGAAUUUGCCCCGUUAAAACCACUCAUGUGAAAUGUGGUUGUCUGAUACUGCACUUGAGAAAUCAAGGAAAAAUGCAAUCUUGUUGGGCCAUGACAACAGUUUCUCUAUUAGAAUCUGUUUGGUCCCUCAAAUUUAACAAGGCUCCGUCUCUUCUAUCACCACAAAUGUUAGUAGAUUGUAUUCAAGAAAAUUCAGACGAACUUGAAGGUAGACGAGACUGCUAUCAGCAUAGUGUUGUAAAAGCACUUGAAUGGUUGAAGAAAAAUGAGCCAACUGUGCGUGUGAAGAUCGAGAAUUACCGUACUAUAGUUGGUGAGGAUAAGAGUCAGAUUCUCAUGAAAGUUGCACGUCGACACGUUGCUGCCGUGACUGAAGCAUAUCAGGAAUUUAUAUAUCUAAAAUAUGAAAUCUAUGAAGGUCCAGAAAAGGAAACUGACGAGCCACCUCCUUUGCAUGCAAUCCUUAUUGUUGGUUAUGGUACAGAGGGACAGGGUGCGGAUGCAAAAAAUUAUUGGUUGGUUAUUAGGCUUGUUCAAAAGCAAUGA